AGACCCGCCCCUGAGGAAGUGACAGCGGGAGUGCCCUUGACGGGCAGGCCGACUGGGCUCUGCAACUCUGCUCACACUGCCGGGAGAUGGCUCAGCGGCUUCUCCUGAGGAGGUUCCUGACCUCAGUCAUCUCCAGGAAGCCUCCUCAGGCUGGGUGGACUUCCCUCACCUCUAGGACCCUGAAGACCCCUCAGUACAAUGCUGGUGGUCUAACAGGAGUGCCCAGCCCAGCCCGGACAGUACACACCACCAGAGUCUGUUCAACAACCUUUAACGUCCAAGAUGGACCUGACUUUCAAGACAGAGUUGUGAACAGUGAGACACCAGUGGUUGUGGACUUUCAUGCACAGUGGUGUGGCCCCUGCAAGAUCCUCGGACCGCGGUUAGAGAAGAUGGUAGCCAAACAGCACGGGAAGGUGGUGAUGGCCAAGGUGGACAUUGACGACCACACAGACCUUGCCAUUGAGUACGAGGUGUCAGCUGUGCCCACCGUGCUGGCCAUCAAGAAUGGAGACGUGGUGGACAAGUUUGUGGGCAUCAAGGACGAGGACCAGCUAGAAGCUUUCCUGAAGAAGCUGAUUGGUUGACAAGCAGGGAAGAGGCCUGACUACUGCCCUUGCCUGCUGGAACCCUGUUUGGGGAGGAGCCUAGUAGAACUCCCAGCCCUCAGCUGUCAUCCUUCCUGCCCUGCCCUUCUGUUUUGUCCUCGUGGGUCUUGCCUUUGACAGCAGACCUCCAAAUGUAGACGCCACCAGCACUUCAGAGCCAGCCCUCAGCCAGGGUGGUCAGGAGAGGAGCAAUGCUGCCACUGGUGUGGGGGGCAUCCUGUACACCUCCUACUGUGUGCUCCUCCUGUGCACUUACUGUGUGCUCCUUCUGGGGCCUGUCGCUCUUCCCCUAGAUGCUGGAAAAAGCCUGGGCCAGCCUGUGGCCUGACCGCACAGGUAGUCGCCUGGUCCCCAUCUCUGUGGUCCUCUCUGAUCUGUGCCCCAGACCCACGCAUUUGCCUCUGGCACGGUUCCCAUCCCACCUCUGCUUGAAAAGGAAACCAGACACUGAACAAGUGAGAGUAAUGUCUAAUUCUCUCAUUUUUUUGUAGGUCUAUAAUAAAGAACUUUAUGUGGCCCUUCUACCUCUUGCUGUGAAGAACAGAGCCCACCCCAUACCCUGUGUCUGUCCCUUCUCUUCCUUGUCCAUCCCUGGGUUAGCUGGGCCUUGGUUCUGGUGCCCUGAGCAGGAGGAGGAGCUGUAAACAAGUCAGACCAAUAAAACCAGGUUCUCACUGCCA